AUGGUGAAUCCCAUAAACUGGUAUGAAAGAAGACAAAAGCCCAAAGAAAAUGAUAUUAAAGCGCUGGAAACCCAUCAACUAAUCGCAGAUUUAUUAUGCCAGAGUGGAUCAAAUAGCACCUUACAAAGGAAAUUGCCUACAAUACGCCAAAUGUUGGAUCGUUGUGACUUGCAACACAUCAACGACAUAGUGUACCGUGGCUUGUCGAUAGCAUAUCACUGUAAAAAUCCUACUCAAUUGUUGGAUGCCGUGGUGAAACUCAACCAACAGGGAUAUUUCGAAUGUACCGAAUUAAUGUUAAAAAUGCUGGUGGAAGUUUUUUACAUAGCCCGCUACAAAGGCCCCAUGUAUACUGACAAGGACUUCUAUCCCAAAUUUGCCUUUUUCUUGGCUAGACUGCAGCAUACAGGGCACUUUCGAUAUGUCAGUCGGCGCUUGAAUGAAGAGAUCUCUGACAUAAUCAACAAAUUACCCAGAAAUUUAAACUAUCUACUAUUCCGUUCACACUUUUGUCUCUUGAAUGAAUACCACAAGGAAUAUAUGUAUCUUUCGGUAUAUGGCGACUCUGUAAGCUACCACAUUUGGACUUGGUUCAACAAAUGGUUCAUCGAUGACAGCGGUUAUUUUAGAGGCGAACUAGACCGUGACCAUAAGACAUCGGCUUUUGUGGUCAGGCUCUGGGAUGCUAAAUAUAAAGACCCCGUUUAUAUGAAACCUAACAGCAAAAAUGUAAACGCUUGGAAUUUGUACUGUGAACCACCAAAUGUUGUGUGGCAUAUUGAAUUUGUUGACCAUGAUCGAGUUGCCCUAUCUCAAGGUGAUUACAUUUUGUGUGCGACUGAAAAUAAAUUCGAUAACUUAAACCGCUGGGUGAGAGGAUACCCAAAGUCAACUUACACAGCAAAGAAUAAAGAAUGUCAAUGGUUGUUGGGAGCAUGUAAUCAAUAUCGAACACGUAAAUAA